AUGUGGUUCUGGGAUAGUUCAGAGAGUGACCAAGGGACCAUGGACGACAAAAGCGUCUUUGACGACUGUUUCAAGCUGUCGAGGACUCAACGUCUCUAUGCGUUUGGAAAUAUAACAGGCUUUGCCGUCCUCUAUACCCUCGGUAAUGUUGUAUCCCUCGUCAGUACGGGCUUCCUGGUUGGCUUCAAAAAGCAAGUCAAGACAAUGUUUGCACCAGUUGAAGAUAUUUUUCCUGUGUUUAAUUAUGUGUGUUAUUCAGUGGUGUGCACUCCUUUGGUACUGGUAAAGUAUCUGAAUGAUAUUUCUGUCGAAGCGAAAG